GAGAGAGAGAGAGAGAGAGGACAACGUGAAUUCAAACAUGGUGUUUGGUUGCUGUAUGAAGGGACCAGGUUACUUGACUCCCAUUGACGCCAUGUCUGGUCCAAAAGAAGCUCUGAUGUAUCUAGCAUGUAUCUAUUCAGGGACUGGAAUAGAGAAACCUGAUUACUUAGCUACAGUGGACGUAGAACCAAAUUCACCUACUUAUUCUAAAGUAAUCCAUCGUCUACCUAUGCCUUACAUUGGGGAUGAACUUCAUCAUUUUGGUUGGAAUGCCUGCAGCUCAUGCCAUAAAGAUCCAUCUGCAGUCCGCCGUUUUCUUAUCAUGCCUGCAUUCCUUUCAGGUCACAUAUACGUGAUUGACACACAAAAGAAUCCAAGAGCUCCCACUUUGCAUAAAGUUGUUGAGUCUACGGAUAUUGAGCAGAAAACUGGUCUAGCAUAUCCCCACACCACUCACUGCCUUGCUUCUGGUGAUAUCAUGGUGUCUUUCCUUGGAGAUAAAGAUGGAAACGCUAAAGGAAGUGGCUUUCUUCUUCUUGACACAGAGUUUAACGUCAAGGGAAGGUGGGAGAAGCCAGGUCAUAGUCCCCCUUUCGGCAGUGAUUUUUGGUAUCAACCCCGACACAAUACCAUGAUCAGCUCAGAAUUUGGAGCUCCAGUAGCUUACACAAAAGGUUUUCAUCUUCAGGAUGUUGCAGAUGGUCUGUAUGGAAGUAAUCUCAACGUAUACAGUUGGCCUGGUGGGGAAUUAAAACAAACAAUGGAACUUGGAAAUGCAGGUCUCUUAACCUUAGAGGUAAGGUUCCUCCAUGAUCCUUCAAAAGACACAGGCUUCGUGGUGUGUGCACUAUCAGGCAAUGUUGUAAGAUUUUUCAAAAAGGCUGAUGGGUCUUGGGAUCAUGAGGUUGCGAUUACAGUGGAACCAAUAAAGGUUAAGAAUUGGGUACUUCCUGAAAUGCCUGGGCUUGUAACCGAGUGUUUGAUCUCACUUGAUGAUCGUUACCUCUACUUUGUGAAUUGGCUUCAUGGGGAUUUGAGGCAGUAUAACAUUGAGGACCCUACAAAACCCAUAUUGACAGGCCAAGUGUGGAUUGGUGGUCUACUUCAAAAGGGAAGCCCUAUAGUAGCUGUGGCAGAAGAUGGGAGUGAGUGGCAGAUUGAUGUCCCUAAAGUACAGGAAAAUCGUUUGCGGGGAGGGCCUCAAAUGUUUCAACUAAGUUUGGAUGGAAAGAGACUUUAUAUCACUAACUCACUCUUUAGCACAUGGGAUCGCCAAUUCUAUCCAGAGCUUGUGGAGAAGGGUUCCCACAUGUUGCUGAUUGAUGUGGAUACUAAACAAGGAGGCCUUGCAAUAAACCCUAAUUUUUUCGUGGACUUUGGAUCUGAACCGGAAGGUCCUUCUCUAGCGCAUGAGAUGAGAUAUCCUGGAGGAGACUGCACUUCAGAUAUAUGGGUUUAAGGAUACAUGUCUUGUUCAGUAAUUUCUAGUUACUUCUGUUAAGAAUAAAAAGCUAAAAGUGUUGCUUUCGCAAAUUU